GUGUCCAACUUAACGCUCAUCUCCUGCGUGUAGGGGUGUGUGCGUGUUUGUGCGUGUGUGUGUGUAGCCUUGGUCCGGGGGUGAAGCCGCAGGAAAGCCUUCUCCAUAAUGCGGGGCGUGAGGCGCUCCGUGCAGUGAUCGGAGUGGCUCCAGGGGGGAGGAGCAGGAGGUGUUUUCGUACCGCUUCCAGCCUGUGUCUGCAGGCACCGGCCAGAUACAACCAUGUCGAACCGAAAGCACCGGGACAACCAGGAGAUCUGCUCCCGCAAGGUCCGAGAGCUGGCCCAGUCUGGAGUAAACAAACACUGCUUCGAGUGCAACCAGCCCGGGGUGACAUACACGGAUAUCACGGUGGGCAGCUUCGUCUGCACGUCGUGCUCCGGAAUGCUGAGAGGCCUCAACCCUCCCCACAGAGUCAAAUCCAUCUCCAUGACAACUUUCUCCCAACAGGAAGUGGAAUUCCUCCAGAACCAUGGCAAUGAGGUUGGUCGAAGAACCUGGCUGUGUGUGUUUGACCCAAAGGCCGAUGGCUGCCCCGACUUAAAGGAUCCUCAGAAGUUCAAAGAGUUUCUUCAAGAUAAAUACGAGAAGAAAAAAUGGCAUUUUUCCAAAAGCAAAAACCGGAGGGACGUGGAAGGCCCCUGGAGUCCCGGCGUCCAAGCUGUGCCCUCUUCCCAUGGUCCAUUAUUGAACCAGGGCCCCUCCCAUAACUUGCCACCUAAUGCCAGAUCUACGAGGCCACUGUCUCAGUCACAGCUGCCAUCAUGGGACCGCGCUCCCACCAUCUCGCCCGCUGACAUGCGGAAGGUCAGAGACUCCACACUGUGUGGCAUAGAAAGACAGCGACCGGGAUCCCUGUCGUCAGCACUGGGCGGUCAGAGCCACGGCCCCUCGUUCCCCGCCCUCCCAAGACCCUCAGCCAGUAGCUCGUUCAAAAACCACUUCACUUUAGGUCGUACAGUGUCAGUCUCAGGAGUCACAGGGCCCUUCAGAGCCUUCCCAAAGUCUCUAAGCGUGGAUUUCGGCGGUCUGAACCAUCCUCAGCAGCAGUCCCUCCCACAGUCUCUGUCCCAGCCGCAGCAGCAGCCGGUCGGCGUCAGCCAGACGACGCCACAGGUCAGCGCUUCCAGCAACCGGGACAAGUACGCUGCCGUGUCGCAGCUGGACAGCGUCUUUUCUGAAACACCUUCAGCUGCAGCUCAACCUAGUGGCCCUCCGCAGUACAACGCUAUCUUUGGCAGCAGGCUGUCAUCCAGCUCCACUCCUGCCAGCUCCCCUGGAGUCGAUGCUGUAUCCAGCUCCCAAAGUUUUGGAAAUUUCCCAAACCCAUUCAGCUCCAGCGCCGGGUCGGCUUCCCAGCAGCCUGUUGCCCUCUCCCCCAGUAACCCCUUCAGCAGCGCCUCCGGAGGUGACUCCAGCGCGUUUGUCACUUCGCCCACCUCCGUUUUCCCUCCGUCUGCUUCCUUCCCGGCUCCUGCCACCCAGAAUGCAUUUCACCACGAGUCAGUCACCAAUCAAGAAACCAACGGUUUCGCCUCGUUCCCCGAGCCUGACUCUCAGCCCAAAGUCCCCCGGCCCAUGUCUGUGAACCCGUUCACGGGGAAUGUUUACCCCAGUCGGGGGACGUCGAAAAAUCCCUUCAUCUGACAACCCCCCUCCUCUUCUCCAUCUCCUCAUCCCACGCCUCUCCUCACUUCGCUGGGAACCGAGGGAGGAGUGAACUUGAGGAGCCGCUGCCAUUUCAAAGCCUCUGGAGUAUUUCCACCCGGUCAGGGAGGGUCGGACCCUCCUCCAUCGCGCCCUCCCUGCCUCCUUCUCUCCUCUGUGUCUGUGUUUACGUGUUUGUGGAGGAAAGAAAAAUAACAGAAAAGGGUGUGAAUGUAACAAGGAAGUUGUAUGUGUGUGCGUGUGUGUGUGUGUAUAUGUGUGUGUGUCAUAGGGUGUUUUUCUGUGACAGUAGAUGCCACCUCAGGGCUCUGUGGGAGUCACGAGUGAACAAUGCCUCUUUAAUUUUACCCACAAACUAUGUCACACACACACACAUGUUGCUGCUGUUGCUGCUAUUGUGCUUUCAUCUCCUGCGUAUAAGUGCAAAAAAAAUAAAAAUAAAAUA